AGCAGACAGGCAGUUCAUUCAGAACAGUCAUAGCACGCGGACAAGCAGCCAACUCUGAACUCUCAGCUCGAACGCCGAAUACCCAAGCAGCACUUGAAGAGCCAUUAGGCAGUCAGGCAUUGAGGCAUCUACUACAGCUACAGAGGGUCAACCAGGGCAGGCCCAUCUAAUUGGGACACCGAACAAAAGUAUUUCGCUUGUUUACCAAGUCUCCUAAGUGUGUUGUGUGCGCGUGUGUGUUUUCGUAUUGUUUGUGCCACAAAAUGCAAUUGUCUGUGGGAGCAACCGCUAAUGGUCGGUGCCUGAUGUGGGCGCUGUUUUUGUUGUUCGUCGGAUUGGCGGCAGCGGUGCCAGCAUCUGUGCUGGCCCAGAACACGGAGCUAUCCACCAAUGCGAACAACAAGCUUCAACAGCAACAACAACAGAGGCAACAACAACAGCAACAGCUACAGCAACAGCAGCUGCGGGAACUACCGGCAGCAGUAAAGCGCGCUGAGGAAGGGGCAAAUAGUGCCACGGUGCCACCGGCCGAUAAGAAGUCAAGUCCGGAAAUUGUGCCAGCCACCUAUAGCAAUUCGCCCGCGCGUAGUGGCCCCAACGAGCAGCAACAACAGCAACAACAGCAGCCACAGGCUGGUCUCUAUUCGCUGCCCAGCAACGAUGAGAUCUUGGCCGCGGUGGCAGCUGCCGCCCAAAACAGCCAACAGCAGCUGCAGAGUGAGCCAACCGCCUUGGAGGAGGCCGUGGCCAGCUCCACAAUGCGCAAGCGUGGCAUCAACUACGAAUACAAUCCGUAUAUGAGUGUGAGCAACAACGAUUAUGGCAGCGAUGUGCCCGCCGGUGUCUGGGCCGACGACUAUGAGCCCAGUGCGCCCGUCAACUACAACGGCUACAACAGCUACAACAAUGAGCGAGAGCUGCAGGAACUGGAGGACUAUACGCCGGACCGACAUGCUAACACGCCCACUGGCCGCAACAAGGCUUAUGAUAAUCUGCAGAAUCUGCUCAAUGCCGAAGCCUACCUGGAGAGCAUUCCUCUGUCUGUGCCAUUGACCUAUGCCAAUCGCAAUUACAAUUUGGAUGAGCGCAACAAGCGUGGCCUCUACUACAACUUGGCUUCAGCUAAUGCCCCCAGCGAGAAUAUCAAUCUGAACAAGUAUCGUCGCUACGGUGAUAUGCGCCUAAAACGUGACACUACCAAGCUGACACCUGCUGAUAUGUUGGCUCUUGUUGCACUCGUUGAAGCCGGUGAGCGUGCGCGCAAGGAGAGCGACAUGGAGAGUGGCAUCUCGGUACCAUUGGUGGAUGCUGAGGAACUUGACUAUGUGCCGGCAGCUGGCAGCUGGUUGGAUGCACCCAUACAACAGCAACAACAGCAGCAGGCACCAGCUCUCGUCGACUACUAUGGCAUGCCCGUGGAGGCGCAGGUGGUGCCAAAGUAUGAAUAUAUGCCACGCCCACAGAAAUACCUGGGCAGCAAUGGUCGUCUGGGAUCCGCAAAGCGUUUCAUGGUGUCCAAGAAGAAGCGUUCCAUUAACCAGAACCAGUUCUUGAACGAACCGGUAGGUGAGCGUGGACCCAGCUACUAUGGCGAGAAGUUCUACUAAAAUAACAGAGCAUGGUAGAGAAAGAUAGAUAGAGCAGAGAAUGAGACAGAAAAUAAAAGCUUUUAAGCUGAGCUUUCCACAUUUAUUGGUAACCAAAUUUACAGAAA